CUAAAUCUUCAAUCUUUAACUUAUAAUUGCUUGGUUUUAUCAGUUUCCUUAAGCUACAAAAUUGAUGUUUUUUUCUUAUUGACGUUGAGUUGAUUAGUUUUUUUUUUUUUGGAUAAUUUGCAUUGUUCAGUAUAGAUUUGUAGAUCCAGUUGGUUAGCUGUUGAAAGAUUGUGAAAGUUGAUUAAAUUAGAUUAGUAAAGUUUUGGAUUCAUGGGCAUGCAUAUUGAUAAUGUUAGACAUUGAUUGCGAAGUUAUCCUAUUGUCAUAUAUGGAGACUUCAUUCAAUCUACCUGCAUCCCGUUUUGGAAAUGUUUCGGACACGGAACUUCAUAGGAAAUUUUAAAUAACACCAUUUCGCUGUGUUCGUGUCUAAGUCUCCUGUUUGCCUGUGGAAUUGCAGAACUUCUGCAUCAAAUUGCAUGAGCUGGUAAUUUCUGGUUAGAUCAACACAAUGUCGGCUUAUGCCCAUCAAAUGGAGAGGGAGUUCUCUGCUCAAGAUCUCUCGAGUAGAGGAGGCUCCGAAAUGGGAAGUCGAUAUUUAGUAGAGUCGGGGUUCUACAUGACAUCUUAUGCUGCAGCAAUCUUCAUCGGCGGUCUUGUAAUUGUUGGAGUUCUAAUGGUCACCUUACUGAUUGCUGUGACAGUAAUGCUGCAAACCUGUGAAAGUAGAAGCAAAGGUGUUGUCGCGAUCCAAACACCAAACUAUGAUUACGACCACUGCAAGAUUUUUGCUAUGCAUGCGGAACUCAACAACUUGAGGCCGAAGGAUUUCCCUUCGAUGUGCAAGAAUUUUGCUGUUCAGAACAUCAGAGAAGGCCGCUAUGCGAGAGAUUUAAACAGUUCUUUAUUGUUGGUGGAGAAAUACUUUGAUAAUGCCACACUAUUAAAUGAUGGACUUGAUGUCGUAAUUAUGGACAUAGAUGAUAUUCUUCCGACUCCUGAUUAUGCACAUCAGUUAAUAGACGGAUUAAAUCAGUACGGCUGUAGUGGUUGUUUUGAAGAAGCGGAACAUUUGAAACAAAAACUUCUGCUCAGAUUAUACAACAAACUUCAAGCUAGGGGAUGGUCUUUGAUUUUAUUAUCAAGCAAACCAGAGAGACUACGAAAUGCCACUGUCGAGCAGCUUAUUUUUGCAGGAUACAGAGGUUGGUCUUCGGUCAUUAUGAGAUCAGAUGACGAAUUGGAAAUGAACAUUCAUGAAUACUUUACGAAACGAAGGACGGCAAUUUUGACAGAGGGGUUCCGCGUUACCGGAGUAAUUAGCAGUCGAAUGGAUGCUUUAAUCGGACAAUCGCCGGGACAACGCAGAUUUAAGCUCCCAAAUCCCAUUUUUUAUUAUCUACAUCCUUUUAAAGAGAACUUGUAUGAAAAAUAGUUCAUAGAAUUGUAUCUCAAUUUGUUAUUUAUGUAUCAGUAGGAAAUAAUUAGUUCAUGGAAAAGUCAGCUCAGUUGUAUAAAAACAAUUUAGAUUCUGCUUUGAUUAUUUUGUUGUAUAUAAGAUUAUAUUUGUUCA